GUUGCAUUGUGUCUCUUCAACCGUCAGUGUAAGGUACCUUACUAAAUGUAAUGCCUUACUAAAUGUAAUGAGGGGUACGGAGUAUAGAUCAGAUAAAACCUCUCUCCCCGUUGCAGAACCUUUUUCCCCCUUCUCCAAAUCUGCGCGCGCUCUCUCUCUCUCUGUGAUAUAAGUCCGUCUCAUCUGCCACUUCCCCUCAUUUUGAUACCUCAUCCUGCUACCCUCACCUCAUCACCUUUCAUUUCUCUCAAUUGAUACCCCCCUCCGAGUCUUCAUCAAAAUGGCCCCAGGUGCCCUCAUCGACGAACCAGUCCAGCCCUCUCAGGGUCCCUGGAAGGGCAAGAACGACGAUGCCCCCAGGAACAUCUUCCCCGACGGCAUCCGCACUUCUGGACAGCACAACCCCCUCUAUGACAACCUCAAGCCCUACGCCGAGUUCCCCAAGGAGAUCUCAGGCCCGACGGUCUGGCACAAGGAGGAAUUUGAGCAACAGCCUGACAAGUGGACGCAUCGUUUCACCCCCGAGGAGGUUGAGGAGCUCGGCCGCACCUCUGAUGCCUUUAUCGCCAGCAACACCCCUCUGACGGGUAUCUCCAAGUCCAACUUCCCCCUCCCAACACUAGGCAAACGCCUCACCGACCUCCGCAAAGACCUCAUCGACGGCAAAGGCUUCAUCCUCUUCAAGGGCUUCCCCGCCAACGAAUGGGGCCCGCACAAGACCGCCGUCGGCUACAUGGGCCUCGGCACCUACCUCGGCUACUUUGUCUCUCAAAACGGCCGCGGCCACGUCCUGGGCCACGUAAAGGACGUCGGCGACGACCCGACCCAGAUCGACAAGGUCCGCAUCUACCGCACCACCGCCCGCCAAUUCUUCCACGCCGACGACGGCGACCUCGUCGGCCUCCUCUGUGUCCAGCGCUCCGCCGAGGGCGGCGAGAGCGACCUCGUCAGCAUUCACGCCGUCUGGAACGAGCUCCAGCGCGAGCACCCGGACGUCGCCGAGACGCUGACCAAGCCCAUCUGGUACUUUGACCGCAAGGGCGAAGUCUCCGAGGGCCAGGAGGAGUGGACGAAGCAGCCCGUCUUCUACAUUGAGAACGGAGGGCAGCGCCGCGUGUACUGCAAAUGGGAUCCCUACUACGUCCGCUCGCUGACGCGGUUCUCGGAUAAGGGCGUCAUCCCCCCGCUGAGCGAGGAGCAGCUGCACGCGCUCAAGACGCUCGAGGAUACGUGCCAGAAGCUUGCGCUGCACAUGAUUCUCGAGGUCGGCGAUAUCCAGUUUUUGAGCAAUGCGCACCUGUUGCACGCGAGGACGGCGUAUACGGACCACCCCCACCCGGCGCCGCGCCGGCAUUUGCUCCGGUUGUGGCUUUCGACGCCCGAGAGCGAGGGCGGGUGGGUGCUGCCGUUCCCUGAUAGCAAGGAGUUGAAGAGGGGUGGUAUUCAGGUGAAUAACGUGCCUCCGCGCGCGCCACUAGACGCGGAAUAGUGGUCUGGAGAGGUUGGUUGGCAUUUUUGUGCGAUUGUAUUUGAAGCGUUUGUGAGGAGGAUGAGAUGAAAUAUCGGGUGCACCAUCUGCGAUGAGACAGAUGGGUUUCGAUUGCUUGAUGAGAAUUUGGCGGUAAGCCCGCAUCAAGAUUCUCAAGAUGAAUGAAAAAAGUAAAAUUCAAAGACAAGACACGAUCAUUGUAUCAUCAUUGAGUAAACCCUCUCACAUUCCCGCGAGUGAAGUGUGACCGCGCAUAGAUUCUCACGACUUUGGCGAGAUUAUGCCGAAUGAGAGAGAGGUGGUGAUGAGCAGUUCACCGGAAACGCCGUACCUAUGCCAGCGGGGAAGUGGUAUGAUUUGCUGUGAUGAGAGAUGAGAUUGUACGUGAAGAGUUG